GCGCGAUGCGGCGGAGCGACGGCGCCGGCGGUGGCGGCCGGUCCGGGCCGGAGGGCGCCUGCGUGCUGAGGCGGGACGCGGCCCGGCUGGCCGGCUCCGGCGGCGCUUGGGUGGGGCGGCGCUGCGGCGGCAGGCAAGGCAGCGGCGGCGGGCGGCGGUUGCUGGAGCGAAGCGGCGGCCCCGGCGGCGCCGAGGGCGGCGGGAGCGGCGGCGGGCGCGGGCGGCGGGCGGGGGAAGAUGGCGGAGCUCGGUAAGAAGUACUGCGUGUACUGCCUGGCCGAGGUGAGCCCGCUGCGCUUCCGCUGCACCGAGUGCCAGGACAUCGAGUUGUGCCCCGAGUGUUUCUCGGCCGGCGCCGAGAUUGGCCACCACCGCCGCUACCACGGCUACCAGCUGGUGGACGGCGGGCGCUUCACGCUGUGGGGGCCCGAGGCCGAGGGCGGCUGGACCAGCCGCGAGGAGCAGCUGCUGCUGGAUGCUAUCGAACAGUUCGGCUUCGGAAACUGGGAAGACAUGGCUGCUCAUGUUGGAGCUUCCCGGACUCCCCAGGAAGUGAUGGAGCAUUACGUAAGCAUGUACAUCCACGGCAACCUGGGGAAGGCCUGCAUCCCUGACACCAUCCCCAACCGGGUGACAGACCACACCUGCCCCAGUGGAGGCCCCCUCUCUCCCAGCCUCACCACCCCCUUGCCUCCCCUAGACAUCUCGGUGGCCGAGCAGCAGCAGCUGGGCUACAUGCCGCUGCGGGACGACUACGAGAUUGAGUACGACCAGGACGCCGAGACGCUCAUCAGCGGGCUCUCGGUCAACUACGACGACGACGACGUGGAGAUCGAGCUCAAGCGCGCCCAUGUGGACAUGUACGUGCGGAAGCUCAGGGAGCGGCAGCGCCGCAAGAACAUUGCCCGCGACUACAACCUGGUGCCCGCCUUCCUGGGGAAGGACAAGAAGGACAGGGAGAAGACGGCCAAGCGCAAGGUCACCAAGGAGGAGCGGGAGCUGCGGCUGAAGCUGCGGCCGCUGUACCAGUUCAUGUCCUGCAAGGAGUUCGACGACCUGUUCGAGAGCAUGCACAAGGAGAAGAUGCUGCGCGCCAAGAUCCGGGAGCUGCAGCGCUACCGCCGGAACGGCAUCACCAAGAUGGAGGAGUCGGCCGAGUACGAGGCCGCCCGGCACAAGCGCGAGAAGCGGAAGGAGAACCGGGGCUCGGCGGGCGCCAAGCGCGGGCGGGAGGACGCCAAGGACGGCGAGUUCGCCGCCAUCGAGCACCUGCCAGGCUUCGAGCUGCUGUCUGACCGCGAGAAGGCGCUGUGCAGCUCCCUGGGCCUGAGCCCCGCGCGCUACGUAACCGCCAAGACCAUCAUCAUCAAGGACCACCUCCAGAAGCGGCAGGGGAUUCCCUCUAAGAGCCGCCUGCCCAGUUACUUGGACAAGGUCCUAAAGAAAAGGAUUUUGAGUUUCCUCACGGAGAGCGGCUGGAUAUCCAGGGAUGCGUCCUGAGGCCGGCGCCCCGACGCUGCGGCCGCCGACAUGCUUAUGAGAUGAGAUGACUGUGGGGCGCAGCUGGAGCAGCCUGUUUCCCACCGGUGGUUCUUUUUUCAGCAGUUUCUUUUUUUAGGAUACAAAUUCUUUUCAUGGUCCUCCGAAAGAAGCAGUAGUAACAAUGUUAAAUCAUGGGGGAGACGGGUACAUGUGCGUCGUACCUCAGUCCUAAAAGGCAGGUGUGAAGAGGACCAUCUCCCUUUCUGUGUUGGGUGUGGAGACGUGCUGACAGCGGACUGUGGCCUUCUGUGAGCCCUCCCCUUCGGUACACGGUGUACGCUGGCCCCUCCCAGUGCGCCAGGCUCCCUCCCACCCCGGCACACGGCACUUUACAUGGGGGCCAGCAGGGCAGGCAGGCAGGCAGGGGGCUGGAGGAGGGUGGGAGGUGUCCUUGGAACUUGAGGAAGAGGACGGUGGUGAGCACGGUGACCAAAUGAGCUUCCCCUACCUGCUGGCAGGGCCGAGUGUUGAGCCUGCAGUUCCCGAACCCUGAAAGUGCCCCUGGCCUGGCAGGCCCCUGCUGGCUCAGUCUGGGCAUGGACAGGGCCCUCAGCAGCGCCCCCUAGUGCAGAGGGAGCUGCAGGGAAACCUGGCAGCGGGAGGACCUGUGCCACUGCCAGGACUCUGAGCCUUUCUGGGGGCCACUACAGGCUGCUCUUGUACUUGCUGGACCUUCUUUUAGAGAGUUCCUAGCUGAGUUCCCAGUUACGGGGUAGCAUCCUCCAGGACUUUCAUCACAGCUCUAAGUGCCCUGUUCAGUGAAACCCUGACCAGGCUAACCUGGCGAAGCAUCUGAACUUCAGGUGGCCCUGGGUGCCCUGCAAACCAGCCAGGCAAGGUGGGGGCAGCCCACGUGGCCAUUCCGGGCCCCGUGCGCUGCUUCUCUGGGUCCCUGUGCUGAACCAGGCUCUGACCUGGCUCUGCCCGGCCCUGUGCAGUUUUUCAGGGGCCCUCUUGCAUGGUACCGUCCUUUGGAACUUGGGUUAGCCACUUGUCUUCUGGGCUGCUCAGGGCUGUCACGUCUAAGACCCUGCUUUAGAGUCGGUGGAGCGACCACAGACCCAGCACACCACUGUUCCCAGCACGCGGCCUGCCUCUGCCCGCAGGUACUCAGACUUGACCUCCCGGGUGUGUGAGCUUGAAGUCCCAUUAAAGUGAAGUCAUUUGAAAGGAAAAAAGAGAAAGACCCUCAUCAUUUCCAAGGACAACUUAAUUAUGGUGCCUUUUCCUUUCUUUUUACAUCUUUCCCCUAGGGUCAGUUUUCCAGCAUUAAAUAAAACAUUUCAAAUGUACCA